CAGAUAUAGCGACAAGUUAUGAUGGUUAAUUAUCGCUAACACGUCAGAGGAUCACCGCUGGUCGUAAUUAAUUUGCAAACAUGAUACGAUCUGUCCUUUUAAUAUUUUUUAUAUAUUUUUAUAAUUAAUUACAUUGAAGAUAAAUAUGUUCUGUCACACCUGCGGUAUGUAUAUAUACAUAUGUCUACAUGUAGUUCCAUGAGCGAUUUUAAAUCAAAAGUUUGUAUGAAAAAUUAAUUGUCAUGAUAAAUAAGGAACCAAUCGAUAAAAGUAAUAAACGUAAUGAUUACAAGAGUGCGAGUCGCAAGGUAUGGCCAUUUUUAGGCGCUGAAGAAAUAAAUAUGAACACAGACAACAUAAUUUUGCAUCACCACCCGAUCAAUCGAUCGAUGCCAGUUAAAACUUUUCUGGCGCCUGCAGAAGUUCAUAACAAACGAAAUCCAUCUGAUGAGAAUAAUGAGAGCUUUCAUAGAGCGAUCGGAUCUAUUUUGGCAGGAGCACAAUUGUUUGGAGUACUGCCGCUCUAUGGUGUACGUAGUCCGUCACCUCAGCAGCUUUCGUUUAAAAUAAUUUCACCCAAAACGAUUUAUAGUAUCAGUUUGAUGAUAACACUUAUUUUCAUGGCGGGAGUUUCAAUUACGCAUAUGAUUAAGACUUUGAAAGCUGACACAUUUCAAGUUCAUGGCGGAAUAGCAGCAGCAACAGCGGGGGCUGUAUUUUACGGCAACAGUCUUUUUGGUCUCGGUUUAUUUAUGUGGCUGUCACCGCGAUGGAUCAGCCUUCAAAAGCAAUGGCGAUCUAUGGAAUUAUUACUAGACAGGUGUAAACAAUCCCGACCACGGCUCCGCUGGAAAUUCCGUGUGAUAACAAUUGUUAUUAUGACUCUUGCACUUAUUGAACAUGUUCUCAGCCUCAUUAUUAAUUUUCCCAACAGCAAAGAAUUGCCUGUUAAUUCAAAUAAUACUUGGAAAGAUUAUUUAAGAAUUUACAGUUUUAAAUCUCAUGCAUUCAUGCUCAGCAGUUUAAAUUACAAUCUCGCACUAGGAAUAUUUUUAUUUAUAAUAAGUAAAAUAGCGACGUUCACAUGGAAUUUUACAGACGUAUUUAUUAUGUUGGUGGCGACGGGUAUUGCAGAGAGAUACAAAAGUUUAAAUAAAUGUUUGUUGAAGUCCUCGAAGAUUAAAAAUUUAACUAUCGAUUGGUGUGAAUUUAGAGAGUAUUAUGCUACUCUAAGUAUUCUAGUUAAACGCGCUGACAGCGAUGUGUCACCAGUUAUUUUACUGUCAUUCGUAAAUAAUUUGUAUUUUAUUUGCCUCCAACUUCUCAAUGGCCUAUCAAGAUAUGGGAAUGCUGAACACCGUGUACUUUUUUUUUUCUUUUGCCUUCUUACUGGCUAGAACAGUUGCUGUGACUUUAUUUACAGCGAGAAUAAAUGAUCAGAGUAAACUUGCUUUGCCAGCACUUUACAAUUGUCCUGCGUCAAAUUAUACUAUUGAAGUAUGACCUAAUUCUGGUAUUUACUCAUACUAUUUAUUAUAUCAAUAUGUUAUUUUUAUGGAUUCUAGAUGCAACGAUUACAAUUUCAACUAACAACUGACGAAGUUUCGUUUACUGGAUUGAGAUUUUUUCAUAUUACAAGAAAUUUUAUGCUUGCAGUAGGCGGCGCGAUUGUUACUUAUGAAGUUGUAUUGUUACAAUUUAAUGUGGCUAUAAAAAAAUAAAAUAAUUGAAAAUUACAAUAUUAUUUAUAUUAAUUAAUUAUAAUUAAAUAAUGUACAUAAGAAUUUUCAACACCACAAAAUAAUU